UGCCGAGAGAUGGAGGGCAGCUGUAGUCACAGGGGAUGUUGGAGCAAGCGAAUGCUGCACAGGAACUUGAGAGGCACCACAGGGCUGAUUAUGAGGCCUCAAGAGUUGCUGCUGCUCCUGAUGCUAAGGUGGACCGAAGCACACAUGGAGGACCUUGCUUUCCCGCACUUGGGUGACAGCUCACAGCCCCUGUCGAGGGCCUGUCCUUGGCGCUGCUCCUGUCCCCGAGAUGACACAGUGGACUGUGCUGGCCUGGGCCUGAGGGUAUUCCCAGACAAUAUCACCAGGGCUGCUAGGCACCUUUCCUUGCAGAACAACCAGCUGCAGGAGCUCCCCUACAACGAGUUGUCUCGCCUCAGUGGCUUGUGCACCCUGGACCUGCACAGCAACCUCAUCUCCUCAGAGGGCCUGCCUGAUGAGGCCUUUGAGUCCCUCACCCAGCUAGAGCACUUCUACGUAGCCCACAACAAGCUCUCUGUUGCGCCCCAGUUCCUGCCACGCACCCUGCGUGUCGCCGAUCUGGCUGCCAAUGAAGUGGUGGAAAUCUUUCCUCUCACCUUUGGGGAGAAGCCUGCACUCCGGUCUGUGUAUCUCCACAACAACCGACUGAACAACACUGGUUUGCCACCUAACACCUUCCAUGGAUCAGAGGCCAUUACCACCCUAAGUCUCUCCAGCAACCAGCUCAGCUACCUACCACCCAGCCUCCCAGCAUCCCUGGAGAGGCUUCACCUGCAGAACAAUCUUAUCUCCAAGGUGCCCAGAGGAGCACUUAGCCUCCAGACUCAACUCCGAGAGCUAUAUCUCCAGCAUAAUCAGUUGACAGAUGGUGGCCUGGAUGCAACUACCUUCAGCAAACUGAGCAGCCUUGAGUACCUGGACCUGUCCCACAACCAGCUGGCCACAGUGCCUGAAGGUCUACCCAGAACCCUGACCAUACUGCACCUGGGUCGCAACUGCAUCCGGCAGGUGGAAGCGGGGCGGCUGCACAGAGCGAGGGGCCUGCGCUACCUGUUGCUGCCGCACAAUGAGCUGGGGGCCUCGGCGCUGCCCGCGGGGACGCUGAGGCCUUUGAGGGCUCUGCACACGCUGCACCUCUAUGGCAACAGGCUGGAGCGCGUGCCCCCAGCAUUGCCCCGCCACCUGAAGGCCCUGGUGAUGCCCCACAACCGCGUGGCCGUGCUAGGUGCGCGAGAUUUGGUUUCUGCGAGAACCCUGGUUGAGCUCAACCUGGCCUACAACCGCCUAGCCAGCGCGCACGUGCAUCCCGGCGCCUUCCGCCGCCUGCGCGUCCUGCGCAGCUUAGACCUGGCGGGCAACCAGCUGAGCCGGCUGCCUGAGGGCCUGCCCGCCAGUCUGCGCUCCCUGAGACUGCAGCGUAACCAACUGCGGGGCCUGGAGCCAGAGCUGCUGGCCGGCCUGAAUAGGCUGCAGGAGCUGAGCCUGGCACACAAUCGGCUCCGCGUGGGCGACAUCGGGCCUGGCACCUGGCACGAGUUGCAGGCACUGCAGGUGCUGGAUCUGAGCCACAAUGAGCUAUCCUUUGUGCCCCCUGACCUGCCAGAGGCCCUGGAGGAGCUGUACCUGCAGGCUAACCGUAUCAGCCACGUGGGGCCAGAGGCCUUCCUCAGCACACCCCGCCUGCGUGCCCUCUUUCUGAGGGCCAACAGGCUUCAUAUGACAAGCAUCCCGGCUGAGACCUUCCUGGGGCUUGCACAUCUACGUGUGGUCGACACUGCAGAAAACCCAGAACAGGUCCUGGUCCAGCUGCCACCCAAGGACAGGGGGCCCUGAGCCCUGAGGGCUAGCCAAGUAGCCCUGACCUGAAUCAGAUGAACUAUGGACUAAGUUCUUAGUUGAGGCCUUGGAGGCUGAGCCUAUUGUGCCGAGCGCUGGCCAAAGCACUAGAACAGGAGUCUACUUGGUGGUGAUUGGGGGCUGAAGCAGGAAGUAUGCUGCCUUGAACAUUCUGGGGUCCAGUCUACACCUUCCAUCAGAUGGUGAUGAGGAAAAUAAACUGAACCCCUUUCCACGA